AUGACCGAAAAGUCGGAACAGGGUGGGACAGCAGGCGGUACAACACAACCUGAGGGAGCCGACGACAAGGACGAAAAGAAGGAGCUUGAUGGAACUGGAGCUGGAACUACUGGUGGCGGAACUGCCGGAGGCGGUAGCACAAUGGGGGGAGCGACUGCUGGCGACGGUGGAACUACAACGGGUAGGAAUUUCUCGCCGGCAUUUCAAGGGCAGUUGCCGAUAUACCACUAA